GCCAAGGCAGGGCCGCAGUCGCCGCUGCUCGCUCGCCAAGGGAAGAAGGCAACUGAAGGGGCGCAGAGACAGGAGAACACGAGGCGGCGAGCGACUCCACCUACGACACGCCGGCGGACGGAGGAGAGGCCACGUGACACGCACCGGAGCCCGGAGCCGCGACGAUGGAGGUGACCCCGGCCGGAGGCAGCGUGGUAGCGCGCGAGCAGUCGUCCAGCGUGGAGCAGUCGUCCUCCGAGGAGAAGAAGCUGGUGGGCGGGCGCCAGGUGGUGCAGAAGUCCAGCAGCUUCCAGUCGGAGGAGUCCUCCAAGGUGGUGGAGGCGAAGCAGUCCGUGGUGCAGUCGUCGUCGCGCCUCGUGCAGUCGUCCGUGUCGCAGGUGUCUUCGUCGCAGCGCACCGUCUCCUCCUCCACCACGUCGUCCUCGCUGGACGCCGCCCAGACGGCGCUGGACGCUAACGGGAACGCCACCGCCGUGGAGGAGGAGGCGGAGUCCUCCCAGGAGUCCUGCGGUCAGGAGGGGUCGUCCGUCCAAGGCGAGGACCCCCAGUCGGCGCAGCAGCUGUCGUCGUCGGCGCAAGAGGAGCGUGCCGGCGGCGGCGGAGGGGCGGCGCCGGGCGAGUCUGGCGGCGGCGAAGGGGCGGCGCCGGGCGAGUCUGGGGGCGGCGACGCCCAGCGCAGCCCGGAGAUCCAGCAGGAGAGCAUCAAGAACACGCUGAAGGAGAUCAUAUCGGAGAUCGAGGACGCCGUGGUGAAGGAGGAGGGGGAGGACAAGGGCACGCAGCAUGAAACAGAAAGGUCUAAAAGGCCAACUUUGGAGAAACAGACAUCCACAUCUACUUUAGAAGAGAAUUUCUACUCUACCUUGAAUGAACAGACAGGUAUUGCUCUACCCUCUGACUUCUUCAAAGUAAGCAAAUCACGCCCUCUGUCGAUGUCGUCCGCGGACCUUAUGCAUUUACUGCAGAGCGUCAAGAUCGCCCAGGAGCUGAACCAAGUGCUGAAGGAAGGCGAACCAAAGUCGGAACAAGAAACUGAACAGACAAACGAGGAUGACGCCCCGGCCGUCAGCAGCCAGCCCAGCCGGCCCAUCGACCUGGAGAAGCUCUUCACCCCGGCGUCGGACUCCGGCGAGAUCACGCCCUCCAGAAGCAGGAAGAUGUUCUCGUCGUCCAGCUUCUACGCCCCGGGGCUGCACCCCACGGUGGAGGACCAGGUGGAGCUGGCGCGCAGGAUCUCGCACUCGCUGAGCGACAUCAGCAACCAGCAGAGCAAGGGCCAGUCCAUGUACGUCAACAGGAAGAAGCGCUCCGUCAAGUGGGUCCACGAAGGCACUGGGACCAAGGAGGCUGGUGACUACUCGGAGACGACAGACGAGAACAUGUCCUUCAAGAUCCCCAACAUCGGCCCUCAGGAGGUCUCGUUCAAGCAGACGAAGCCGAUCCUGAAGCUGGUGAUGGACCCGCGCGGGCAGGUGCAGGACCUCAGCAGCCUGCGGCGCCAGGGGUUCAACAUCGAGCCGGGCGACGUCAGCCCCGAGGUGGCCUUCGACCUGGUGCGCGACCUCAACUCGCCGCGCGGCAAAGGCGCGGAGCUGUUCGCCAAGCGGCGGAGGAAGUCGGAGAAGUGGGUGGUGGACGAGAACACGGUGCGGCAGACGGCCAGCAGCAGCCACGAGGUGUACAGCUCAACCUCCUCCUCCUCCGUGAAGACGACGCAGCGACAGGUGUCGACGGGGCCCAAGCCGCCGGCGCCCCUCCCCUCCUACCUGCCCGAGUCCACCAAGAGGGCGGAGACCCAGCACAAGCUCGACCAGAUCCAGGAGCGGUUCACGCUGCCGCGCAUCAAGCUGGUGAAGUCUCCGUGGGAGGCGGCGCUGGAGACGGGUCACGUGGACGCGGCCUUCGUGGAGACUAGGCCCCUGCUGCCGCGCCGCAGCCUGUCGACGCUCGUCGAGCCCGCCUGGACGGCCUCCACUAGCGGCCCUUCGCCCGGCUCCAGCUACGAGUCGCCCCGCCGGGCCGCGCCGCCGCCGGCCAACGACUACCUCUACAAGCCCAAGGCGCCGCGGGCGUGGGGCGGCGAGCAGGCGUCGCAGCGGCCGGCUGCAGGUUUUAAGGAGCUUAACCUACAGUCGGCCGCCACUAGCUUCGCAGCCAAAGAUGUUGCCUCACUCGCCCCUCGCAUUGCUGUCCCCUCCCCCAUCACCGCCACCACCUUCCCCGUGUACGUCCCCGCCGUCCCUGCCAUCGCCACACGGGCCCCAGAGCCUCCGGUGCCUCCCCCUGUUGCCACGCAGACGAUCUCCCAGCUGGAAGCAAUACUCCAGGAGAUGACCGACAGCAACGCCGAUAUAGACCGCGCUCUGAGCAAGGAGGCAGCGGCCCAGCAGACCUCGGAGGAGGUGGUGGUGUCCCGGGUGGAGGAGAGCAGCGAGGAAACUGUGAACGAGAUACGGGAAAGAGCAGUGUCGGAACAAAAAGUGGAAACGAAACCAGGACAACAGAGGACACCGGAAGAAUACCACUUAAAAUCUGAGAAGCAGGAAGCUGUGCUCGCACAACAAUCCGAAGAAACGACAGAGAAAGAAGUGGCACCUGCACCCGCGCAGACGCUGAAACCUUCCGUCGCCGCCACCGUUCCUCGGGAAGCGACGGCGUCCGGCGCGCAUCUCUCGGGGUACUCGACGAUGUUCGGGAGCAAGCAGUUCGAGCACGUGAGCCCGCCCAGGGACCAGCAGCAACCGUCCAAGUACCACGCCCAGCAGGGCCUCUCCUUCAGCGACGUCUUCAAGAGGGACGUCGUCGUGGAGGCCAGCGCACCGCCGCGCCGGGUCGCCCCGCGGGAGGCCGGCGAGACGCAGCAGCCCCCGGGCCCCACCCAGCGACAGUCCGCCGGCCGCCAGCACCAGACGAGCACCGUGAAGCGGUUCGCCGCCAGGUUCUCCCGGGAGCAGGAGGGCGGGGGUGGCGAGUACAAGCAGCAGCUGCAGCUGCAGCGGCCCAAGGUCGUGUACGUGGCCAGCGUGGGCAGCGUGGAGACGAGGCAGUUCCUUCCCUCCUCCUCCUCCACCACGGUCCACGAGUUCACGAAGACCGAGACCACGCAGUGGCAGUCCUCCUCCCGCUCGUCCACAGUCCGAACCCAGUCCGGCUUGAGCGCAUCUUCGACCGCGGCCAAACAGAAGCUGCUAACGCAAGCAAAAGGUGCCGCAACAGCUCCCAGCUACAGCUACAGCUACAGCUACCAGCCGCCCCCCCAGCAGGCCCCCGUCCCCGCCCCCGCCCCCACCCCCCGCUCCCACAAGUACGCGGAGCUCAACAACUACAACACGGCCCCGCGCGGCUGGGGCACGAACUAUGACUAUUACCGGCCCGUCACCUUCCAACCCACCAAGAUCGUCGUAGGCUAGGACACUUGUGUGCGCGUGUGUGCUAUCUCCUCUUCUUCGCGAACGUGUCCCUCAAGAUGUUUCCUCCGGACUCGAGACCUCUCGCUGUAGUGAACUUGCAACAAGAAAUAUGCUUUAGCACUCAUUUAAAGGACGGUUCAUUGGCCACAAGAAGAAAUGAUGUUCCAAGAAAGAGCAAUGAUGUGUCUGUUUUUUUUUCUCUCAAUAAUGCCAUGUAGAAAAUUUAUCUUCCAGUUUUUAAUAAAAAUGUGUUUAUACGUGUUUUGGGUCAAAAUCCCCACCUGUUACAUUGUAAAUAGAGGAAAAUAAUUUGGCUGUAGUUGUUGUUGCUCGAAAGUAUUUUGCAAAAAGUACCUGAGAUGUACCCUCGUACUCAGCUACCAUCACUACACCUGAAAAUGCACAUAAAUGAGUAGCCAAGAUGAAUAAGUCAUAAUAAUACUAUUAAAAAACUUACAGGUUUCCAUGUUGCAGAAAUAUUUAAUGGUAGUUUUUCAUGUCAACAUGGAAGAAUAUGUUAGGUCAUUUCUUCCCAGAGAACAGUUUAAACACGAAAAUGAGACAUAAUGGUUAACGGUAAUCUUUAUAAAGCUUUUUAAACACAAAAGGAAAUUCACAAGUAUUGCUGCACAAGUAUUUUUUUAUUUUUAAAACGGAAGACAUAAAAGCAGUUUCCAUUAAAUUUACCUUCUUCAACUAUUUUAAUAAGUGCCAGAGCUUAAUACCUUAUACUUGGGUGCGAAAAUAUUUUAUACGAAAACCCAAAGACUUACUAAAUUUACAUUUGGCACCUAAUUAUAUCAAAAAAAUUUCGGAACUUAUCUUACUGGGUUUCAUCCAAUGAAUUCUGACCACGACAGUUUAUUAACAGCUUUUUUUAUUAAGUUAUACUAGGAACAGUUCUAAGAAUAAAAUAUUUCAUCUUGCUCUCAAUGUAAAAACAUUAACAUAAAGAACUUGUCAUGUCUCGAGAGUUUAGAACAUUCAAGCUAUUUUUGAAUACAUUCUAUUGUUUUUUUUUAUAAUGUAAUGGCUUUUUAACAAACAUACAAACACUUUUUUUUGUUUGUUCUGCUUUUGCUGAGUUCAUUUGUAAGAACAUUUUAUUACACAUUUUAAAAACAAUGUGAGCUUUUAUUCAAAGUUUUUAAAUAUCUGAGUAUUUUUUUUUUUUGCAAAUAAGACACUAACAUUGACAUCUCGCCUUUGCAAUUUUUUUUUUUUUUUUUGCUAUUACAGGUUAAAUUUUUUGAUUCUGUAUAGCAUGGUUUGAUGGCUAAUGAUUUUUGUUGUGUAAAUCUGUAGAAUAUGUAAAAUGGAACCACUGGCUAAAUGCUAUGUUACAUAAAUAUUUAAUAAAAGUUUUAUCCUUGUUGAAAAA